CUCUUCCGUUUAGCUAGAUCGAGUAUUUAAUAAACUACGCUUUUGGAAAGCCACCUUCGUGCUUUACAGCUUACAUUUCCCAGAGUUCAAUUUCGUCAGGGUUUGAAAGCUAUCAUGGAUUCUAAACAAGAGGAUAUUCAGCAGCCUAUCGGGAAACAGCCUGACCCAAAAGAGGUUAGACAGUUCACAACUGUAACCCACGUUGAAGGAGAAAAUCAACCCCAACCGGAAGAGACUGAAAGGAAACCCUCGUUCAUAGAGUCCGUAAUUGGCAGUAUAACGCCAACCUCAUCUGAAAAUAAACCAGCAGAAAUUACACCUCAUGACAUCGAAAAAGCUGAUGCUCAAGUCAAAGAAUCUGCUCGUGGUCUAAUGGACACUAUUCGCUAUACAUAUGCACAGAAAAAACAUGAUUUAAUGGAAACUGCUGCUGGAGCGAAGCAGUCUGUCGAGAGUACUGUAAGCGAAAGUCUUCAAAGUCUUUCGGAAACGGCAGCACAUGCUCAAGAGUACGUUAUGGAUACGUUGUCUGGUGGCACUCACGCCGUGAUGGACACCAUGGCCAGUGCCCGAGAUACUUCCAUGGAUGCUGCCACCGGUGCCAAAGAUUACGUCAAGGAUACACUAACUGGCGCCAAGGAUUCCACUUACGAUGCAGCUGCUAAUGCCAGACAAAAGUUAGAGGAAGCUCGCGCAAGUCUGGCCCAAAAAGGCCAUGAUGCCAAGGAAUACAUCAAAGAAUCGGCUGAAGGAGCAAAAGAAUCUCUAAAGGAAUCAGCAGAAGGAGCAAAGGAAUCUGUCAAAGAAAAGGCUGAAGGGGCGAAGGAAUCGGCCCAAGGAGCGAAAGAAAACAUCCAGCAAUCAGCAGAAGAAGCAAAAGAAUCGGCAAAAGAAACUGGUUCAAACAUCGCGGAAAGAGGCCGUGAGGGUAUGGAAUCGAUGAAGGAAUCUGCCCGACAGCCCGAAGGACAGCAAGAAAGCAAAGGGAUCUUGGGAACAAUCCGCGAUUACCUAACACCAGAGUUUGCAGAAACAGCAAAAAGUGGCGAGGGAACUAAAACCAGUGCCGAGCAAGCAAAAGAAUCCAAAGAAGCCGCAAAAGAAGAAGCAACGGGAAUCAAAGAUGCAGCAAUGGAGAAAGGACAUGAAGCAAAAGAGAUGUUGAAAGAAAGAGCCACAGGCGCCAAGGAAUCCAUUCAAGAAACUGGUUCUGGCUUGGCAGACAAAGGAAGAGAAUUCAAAGAAGGAUUGGAAAAUCUAGGUCAUGGAGCGGAAGAAACUCUAAGAGAAACCCGCGCUGAUAUUGGCGAAAGAAAACAAGCCCAGGAAGCGUCGCUGAGAGAGGCCGAAGCAGAGGCGCCGAAGAAAGGCAAAGGAUUCGUGGAAUCGCUUCGUGAGUGGGUGCGGCCUGCCACUGAAAAAGCACACGAUGUAAAAGAAUCGAUUAAGGAGACCGUUUCUGGAGCUACAGAGUAUGUGAAAGAUACGGGCUCGAGUAUGGUAGGAAAGGGACAAGAGACCGCUGAAUCUGCCAAGGAAAUGGCAUCUGAAGGAGUCGAGAAAGCCAAAGACGUCGGCUCGCGAAUUGCUGAGAAAGGACGUGAUGUUAAAGAAGCCGCAAAGGAGAAGGCUUCCGGGGCAGCGGAAUAUGCGAAGGAAACCGGUUCAAGUAUCGCUGACAAAGGACGCGAAACUGCUGAAUCUGCCAAAGACAUGGCUUCUAGAGGAGUAGAGUCCGCAAAGGAUACGGCAUCCAGAGGCAUGGAAACUGCUAAAGAAGCUGGCUCUAAAGUCGCAGAGAAAGGACGUGAAACUGCUGAAUCCGCAAAAGAUAUGGCUUCAAGAGGAGUGGAAUCAGCCAAAGAAGCUGGAUCCAAAGCUGCCGAUAAAGGGCAUGAUAUCAAAGAAUCGAUGAAAGAAACAACUGAGGGAGCUAAAGACUAUGCAAAGGAAACGGCUUCAAGUGCGGCCCAAAAGGGACGUGAAACGGCAGAAUCCGCCAGAGAAAUGGCCUCUAGGGGAAUGGAGUCGGCCAAGGAAACAGGAUCAAAAGUUGCUGACAAAGGACAUGAGAUGAAAGAAUCUGCUAAGGACGUUGCCUCCGAAGGCAUGGAAUCAUUGAAGGAAAAGGGCCAGAGAGCCGCUGACAAAGGACAUGAAAUGAAGGAAUCGGCAAAAGACACGGCGUCGAGAGGAAUGGAAUCGGCAAAAGAUACGGCGUCGAGAGGAACGGAGUCGGCUAAGGAAGCUGGCCAGAAGGCGGCCGAUAAAGGACAUGAAAUGAAAGAAUCGGCCAAAGAUAUGGCCUCGAGAGGAAUUGAAUCAGCUAAGGAAACUGGCCAGAAGGCCAGUGAGAAAGGACACGAGCUGAAAGAGUCGGCAAAGGACACAGCACAACAAGGAAAGGAAGCCAUGCAGGAGACGGGAUCAAAGAUCGCAGAAAAAGGACGAGAAGGCAAAGAGAAAACUAUGGAUUACGCUGCUGCUGCCAAACAAUCCGCUCAGGAUACCGGAGCAAAAGCCACUGAAAAAGCUCGAGAGGGUGAGCAACAGCAGCCAACUACCGAAACCGGAGGUAGGACCGUCUUUACUGAAAUAAAGGAAGGAAGCAAGCAGCCCGGAACAGACAUCACCGGCGAAGAGAAAGGUGAGAAGGGUGUUCUAAAAGCCGUUCACGAUUGGGUUACCGCUCCCGGCGAUGGUACGGAAGGCUUACCGGGGACGGAGGGCGUGAAGCCGGAAUCGGGCAACGUUAAGCCAAGUAAGCAGGAAAUGGGUAAAAAGGAAGCUGAGGAAUUCAAGCGGUUGGAUGAGAAAGUGAAACACCACACAACUUGGGAGGAGCCAGAACGCGGACAAGUGGGUGACCCAGGAGCUGCACUGCAUACUCCAAGAAACGAGUAAACCGCGGAAACCAGGGAACGAUGUCUUCAAGGAGCCUCGCAGAAGAAGUCACCUGUAGCGCUUGAUAUUUGAUGUUUUUUUUAUUGCUUUUAGUUGGAAGUAUUCGACGAUAAUCUUCCACUUUCAUUUAAGA